AUGGAGCCCGGGGGUUCCGACCGUGAGGAGCACGAGACGCCAGGCGCUUUGACCCGACGUGCGAUCCGAUGUGACAAGCGUGUUCCAUGCUCCAAUUGUCAUAGCUCGAACAUUACUUGUCGUUCCACAGGAGAAGGUCAACGGCCAUCCGAGCCCAGGCGUCGGGUGUUGAUUUCCAGCCAGUAUGAGAAGAAGAUUGAUCUCAUCGAAGAGCGCCUUGGUGGUGUCGAGGAGACAUUACAACGCCUCGGAGGCAUUGAGCAGGCAUUGCGAGAGCUUUUGAUCUCGUCUCGGCAGCAGGGCGUGAGCUCCACCACCAAGUUUUCAGCAUCGUCUCUAUCAUCGCCUGAUACUCUAGCUCGAACCCAAUCCUCGGCGUCCAAACAAGAUAACUCGGACUUAAAAGCCCCUGGGUACACGUCUAACCUUGCCAUUGAGCAGCAUGAUUCGGGGUCUACAUUUGAAGGAAAUUCCUCUCUCGCGGCUCAUUCCGCUUAUGCGCAGGAAUUUCUUGAAACUGCCGUGUCACACAGUACGCCAGAAAUGUUCUCUAGUCCGAAGAUCAGUGAGGCUCUUUCAUCACUGAAGCAGAUUGUUGAAAUGCAAAGUAAACAGCGGGACGCUGGGACGCAGCGAGGUCAACUCUCUUCUCGCUUGGGCGCUCGCUGUGACAUACGCGAGUUGGAGAUGCCACCCCUACCGGUGGUGUUGACGGUACUGAAAAGGGCCAAAGAAAAUCCACCGGCCUCGUUCGGAGGCUAUAUUCCUUUCUUCACGGUGGAUUAUUUUAUUUCAAGAUGCCAGGAAGUUUACUUUGCCACCGAAGAGUACUCCGACGCGACGUUUAUUAUAGCCAACUUUGGCCUCUAUGGUAUAUUUGUCGAAUAUGGGUUCUGCGAGAAGGAGCCUGUCUCGCGAGACGAAUACCAGAAGUAUGUCCAGGUAUGCAAGGAUAAUCUGGAGACGGCAUUGGCGAAUUUGAACAUUUUGAUGCCAGUCAACAUGGAUUCUGUUGUGGCACUUGCUGUUGGUGCAAUUCAUGGAAUCGAAAUAUCGAAGCCGUCCGUUAGCUGGACGCUCGCCUCCACAGCUAUCCACAUGUGCCAAACUUUGGGGUACAACCGCCUUUCUUCCAUGGAGCAUGACCCUCUUGAGCUGCAACAUCGGAAACAGGACAUUUUCUGGUCUGUGUACACCAUUAUGAACCUGAUGUCGUUGCGCUUGGGACGUGCUUCAGUGGUACAAGCCUGCGACGUGGAUAUACCUUCGCCAUUCGAAUGCUUUCCAAACAUGGGAGUAUGGAGCAUGGUCUGCAGUCUAUGGGCGAGACAGGCCGUCAUCCAGAACGACAUAUACACCAAUUUGUAUAGCCCAGCAGCAUUGAAUCAGCCAGAAAGUGAACGGGCGAUGCAUGCUCGGCGGUUGGCUGUUGAAAUGAAGAGGGACGUCCUUGAGCCUUUUGAUCGGAUUUUGACUGCCGAUUUGAACAUGUCCGAAGUCGAUGUUAUCUAUCUUCGCUCUGACGGGGUCAGUCGACUCGCAAUUUUGACUUUGAUAUACCGUGCUAUCCCCGUUGAACCUGGCUCGCCUAGCACGUUCAUCCCGGAGUGUAUCGAAACGGCCAGAGCAUCGUUAGAGCUUCACCAAGUAUGUAUAGCCAGUCUUAAAGAAGCUUCCGAAAAUCUACGGUGCUCUUACAUGCAUUGGGCAAUUUUCCUCUCCCCAUUCGUUCCCUUCAUCGUCAUAUUCUGUCACGUCAUCACAACGUCCGACAGCCAAGAUCUCACCCGCCUCGAGGACUUUGUCGCCUCUCUACGCCCGCUCUGCCGCUUCUCCCAGUCAAUCGACCGCCUCCAUAACCUCUGCUCAGUCCUCGGCACAGUCGCUCGCCUCUACGUCGAAGCCAAGUCACGAAAACAAGCCGGCGAGGACCAGAACAUGGCAUCCGUAGGCCAGGAAUUCGACGCCUACUUGAGUGCGCUUGGAUUAGCACCUGGAAACGCGGUGGCUAAUAAUCCAUGGGGCGCUUUUCAGCCAGACGGUUCGUCGAUGAACACCGGUGUGCCGGAUGCAUCGCUUCAGACAUCUGAAUUUGGGGGUCCGUCUGUGUCAGCUCCAGGCCAAACUCAAGGUCAGGAUAUGUCUAUGGCGGAGAUGUCUCAGGCGGCCCAAUUGGGGAAUUGGUUCUCUGGUAACCAGUACAUGAUGGGGUUGCUGGAGGAAGAUAUGUUUCAGUUCAAUCCUACCUGA